CAACCCAAUCCCCAUCUCCAACCCAAUCCCCACAUCUUCACUUAAAGCCUGCACCAACCCCCACGACAACCCUGACUCCCAUCCCCAACUGUCCUGUCCCAUCCCAACCCCUAUCCACACAUCUCUCUCAACCUUGCCACCUGCCCCCAUCCCCAUCAGCACAUCCCUCUGCCCUCUCACCCCAUCCCACCCACAAAUCCCUCUCCCCGCUCACCUCGGACCUUCAAUCCCCCAUUCUUACCUUUUUCCCACUUCCCUGUCUUCACCACCACAUCCUGACCCUCCCAUCCCCAAAUCACAUCUCCUCCAACCACAUCUCUCCAUCUGCGAUAAUGGGAACUGCAGAUGCUGGAGAAUCCGAGAUAACAAAGUGUGGAGCUGGCUGAACACAGCAGGCCAAGCAGCAGCUUAGGAACCUCCCAACCGGUUGGGAAGAAGGAUACACCUUCGAAGGGGCUCGAUACUACAUUAACCAUAAUGAAUGGAAGGUAACUUGCAAGCAUCCGGUGACAGGACAUACAUCGCAAGAAAACUGUAUAUUUGUAAUGAACGACGAUUUCAGGACUGCUGCAGCAAUGGCAUCACAAGAGAAAAAAGACCGUCCAGUGAGCGUGGUGAGUGAAGUUUCAACCUACACAAUGGCAUCAGAAAUGGCAUUGCUUCCAAUGAGUCCUGCAGGCAGGUCAUCGAGACCUUCAAAGAAAAUUCACAAUUUUGGCAAAAGAUCCAACUCAAUUAAGAGGAAUGCAAAUGCACCAGUUAUGAAACGUGGCUGGCUUUAUAAACAGGACAGUACAGGAAUGAAACUCUGGAAGAAGCGCUGGUUUGUGCUUGCUGAUCUGUGCCUGUUCUAUUAUAGAGAUGAAAAGGAAGAAGGCAUUCUGGGAAGCAUUCUUCUACCUAGUUUUAAGAUAGCUCCAGUUAGCCCUGAGGAUCAUAUAAACCGCAAAUAUGCAUUCAAGGCUUCUCAUCCAAAUAUGCGGACCUAUUAUUUCUAUACUGAAACAGCCAAGGAAAUGGACUCCUGGAUGAAGGCUAUGAUAGAAGCUGCUCUUGUUCAAACAGAACCUGUGAAAAGGACUGAAAAGCUAGCAUCUGAAAUUGUACCUCCUAAAGAUGUCAACCAUGUUCCAAACCACAAAAUGCUAGUCAAUCCUGAACUUCAGAACAAUCAGAAGAAUAUGGACCCCAAUCUGGGUGUUCAACAAAAAGACAAUCCGAACAUCACUCAUGCCGAUAAAUAUUGUUUUGAGACCGAAGGGCUGGACCAGCGUAAGCCUUUGACUAAAAUCAAUAGUAUAAAAUCACAACCUGCAAAAUCAGAGAGUGGCAAUGUCAUGCCAGGUACCAACAGCGUUCAAUCUCAAGAGUACAAAUCUCUCCAUACAAGUGCUUCCAAUGAACAAAUUUCAAUUUGUCCAGUCAGUACUCCUGUAGAAAAUGUAGACACUGGAAGAGAAAGACUGGUUAGCUUAAAUGAAAGUGGAAGAGGCCUUCAAAGGACUAAUUCAAUGGUACAGUUGGAGCAGUGGGUGAGAACUCAAAAAGUAAAGGGCCAAGAGGAAGAACCUAGAAGCAUCACCUGUUAUCAAACAUUACCAAGGAACCUUCCAAGUUAUCGGACUCAGGUCAUGCCAUGUUACAGAACAAUGCCACAUCACAGUCGUACAAGACCCGAUAGCAUCUGUUCGGCGUCACCUUCUGCGUACAACAGAGUCCUUCGACCACCCUCUUCAGAAGAAAAACGGAAAUCAAUGCGGGAUGAUACCAUGUGGCAGCUAUAUGAAUGGCAACAGCGUCAGGUCUACCAUAAGCAUGGGACACUAAGCAGACAUGGUACUUUAAGUACUCCCGUCACCAUGAUGAAUAUUGUUGACCAGUCACGCUCAAUUCCUCCAUCACCUUCUCACAGUUCACUGGCCCCCUACCAUGUAUACUCUCCCCUGAGGUCUUACAACAUUGAAUCAAAAUCAGAAGCAUUGUCACCUGUUUUAAGAGGAGAUAUGACCAUUGAUUCCAUGAAGUCUCGGCGGCACAGGACACCUGUCAACAGGUUUAUCUAUCCACCAAACAGAAGGUCAAUGCCUGCUGGUAUACCUGUGCAAACCAUUCCAUCCGAGAGCUUGCAAGGCAAAACGCCAGAGGAGUUGACAUUGCUGCUAAUCAAGCUGAGGCGGCAGCAAGCGGAAGUAAACGGCAUCCGGGAGCACACAGCAACACAACUCAUGCAGCUGAACCUCAGUGACGCAAAUCCCAAGAAUGAUAUCCUUAUUCAUCACCUUCAAAGAAAUCUCAUGUAUUUGGAUUAUCAGAUGAAAGAAAAUGAACCUUUAAUCGCCACGGUUCACACAAUGAUUGAGAACUCAGCACCAAGGCCACAAGUAUACAAGCAACUGGCUCAACAAGAUGAUUACAGAGAAACUAUAUACAGCCACAGACGUGAAAAUCUGGACAUUGAUGGUAAAUUGAGCCAAUUAUGUGAACAGGAUAAGGUUGUUUGUGAGCAAGAAGAGAAACUGCAGCAGCUGCAUAAAGAAAAACAUACACUUGAACAAGCUUUACUAGCUGCAAGUCAGGAGAUUGAAAUGAAUGCACAAAAUCCUACUGUAGUGCAAAGUGUAGCUUUGCAGAGAGAUGUUUUACAAAAUGGAUUACUCAGCACUUGCAGGGAGAUAUCAAGAGCCACUGCAGAACUAGAAAGAACAUGGAAAGAGUAUGAAAAAUUAGAGUAUGACGUAACUGUGGCAAGAACCCACUUACAACAACAACUAGACAGAUGUGAUGAAGUUCAGGUGGAGUUAACUGCUCAACAACGCCCUCAGAUUCAAAAGGAGCUCUGGAGAAUUGACGAUGUUAUGGAAGGACUCUCCCAAAGUAAACAGCAAAGGAGGAAUUCUGGCAACACUGGUACUGCUGACUCACAACCUGGAUCUGCUUCUACGUCAAGGUGUAGGCAGGAGGAAGAUGAAACAGCCCCUCCUCGCCCUCCUCUUCCCCAAUUAUUUGACUUGACAGAGAGGGCUCCCUCAGUUCCCCCUCAUCCCACUGAGAGCAUCAUUUGGCCCUGUUCUGCCAGAAACCUGGUGCAUCAACCAGAUGAAAUGAAGAUCUACCUUGAACCCGAAGAUCCAAAGCAUGGAGCAGAUUCUGGUCCUGAUUAUCGACUGUACAAGAGUGAACCAGAACUGACAACUGUCACUGAGGUUGAUGAAUCAAAUGUGGAUGAGAAGUCAGAAACAGUGCCUGACAAAGAAAGUGUCACAUCUAAAGGUUUGUCUUUUCCCGUUGGUAUAGUUCCUCCUAGAAGCAAAUCGCCAAUGCCUGAAUCUUCUACAAUUGCAUCAUACGUUACUUUAAGAAAGCAUAGGAAAAUGGAUGGCACAGUACCUCAUGUGGAAAGACCCAAGAGUGCAGUUGAGCAGCUUUUCCUAGCAGAAGGUCCGCGACCUCGAAUGAGCGUUGAGGAACAACUUGAAAGGAUAAAACGUCAUCAGCAAGCUUCUCUGAAAGAUAAAAGGAAAGGAUUAAAUUUGAUAACUCUGCAAGAUCAAUCACCAGCAAAAAGUCUAUCAAGAGAAAAGAACCAGAUAAAGCCAAUUUAUUCUGGAGACAAGUAUACAGUUCAUAGAAACAAAACUGCUGAAAGUAAUAUCGAAGAGUUGGAAGCUGCUGUUCAAAAUGAUAGUUGGAACCAACAUAGAGAAACUGUAGCUGAGGAAAUUGCUCGUUUGAAAGAAGAACAUAUUGAACCAAAUCAAGAAAAGUUGGGGAAUGUAAAUGAUUCCUCAGGCCAAGUGCUCAUGUCUGAAAGGUGCAGUGACGUGGAUUCUAAUAUACAAAGCCCUGAUGAAACUGUGGAUAAAAAGAAGGAUCUUGAUGGAAUAAAAUCCAGAAGCAGUGUAUUGACUGUGGCCCCCGUUGUUAACCACAAAACCGAUAUCAGGGCUGAUGAGGAAAAUGCUCAGGAAGGAGUAAAGAUGAUUAAUAUCUCCAAUGAACUAGCUGCAGAUACACCAAGAAACAGCAAACUUGUAGCAGAACAAAGUCUUUCUUCUCCACUUCAACCCCCAACAUCCCCAUCGCACCCACAGCUCACUGAAGGAUCUCACUUUAUGUGUGUCUGACAUUAAAAACUCAGACUGUAGCCACAGGUAAAUCAUACACAUCUACACAAGGCUGAGGCUCGAAGGAAUUUGACUGUAUUUGGAAGUACAGUGGGAUAGUGGUCAAAAUUCACCAUCUGUAUACAGAAAUGGAGUGCACCAGGGCACAAGAAUUCAAGCAAGUGCUGGAAGCAACACUUGAUUCAAUAUUAAACACUCCUUAUAGGAAAUACAUUUUGUUGGAUAUAAUGCCGAUGUAUUACUUCAGGAGCACUGAUUGCUCCAUGGCAGAUUUUUUAACUUACUCUUUUUAAAUUUGCCAAUGUGUGGAGACCACAGUACAUGAGCACAUAGGGUGAUUGGGUCUCAAUUCAGCUAAUAUGUCAGAAUUUAGUUUUCAUUUUGAAUUGCAUAGUAUGUAUAAUUUAAUGCCUGACUUUCAAUAACUGUGGCCAUAACCGAUAUGAAAUAGUUCACCAAUGUUUGAUGUAUACAAUAGAAAAUGGUUUCGCAUUUGUUUCUUUACUACUUUCAAUGGUUGCAGUGCCAUUGUACUGGUACAGGUUAAUACUAUACCUUGAUAAUACCAUCUGCUGUGACUAUAUAUACUUGGUGUUGUAUUGUCUGCAGUUACUGCCAAACUGCUAUCAACAAAUGUAAAAAUGUCACACUUUUCAUAGUUGCCCUAUGUUCUCUGCCUUUAGUGAAUCUUUCAUAUAAGCUUUAUAGAGCAAUAUGCUCUAACUUCAGUAUAGCUCAAAUGCAAAGCAAUAUGUAGAGGGCUUUAUAUUCGGUAUCUCAUUAUAUGUACAAAAGAGUGUAAUUAUGUUCAUUGUGUACAUAGCUUACAAUGAGCAGAGCCUAUAAUAAAAUGCUACUUACAAGUGUUAAUAUGUAAUGUUCAUAUCACAUUGUUUUAUAUCAUGUUAUAAUAAAUGGUAAUGUUAAAUUUG